UUUAAAAAAUAUAAAAAUUAAACGUUUAGAGUUUCAAUAAUCCUUCCCAAAACAUAGUUGCGGCCUUUAUAUAAACAUCCUAUUCCUUUGCAACAUGAAAAAAGAGUUAGUGUCCGCCCACCCUCACCCUAACUCUCUGUUUACUUGCUCUCUCAGUUUGCUCUCUGUUUACUUGCUCUCUCAGUUUGCUCUCUCUCUCUCUCUCUCUCUCUCUCUCUCUCUCUCUCUCUCUCUGUGACUUUAUUCUGUUAAUCUCUCUGUAACUGAAUAGUCGGCAGUGGCUUUGUGAUCGCCGGUCGACCGUACCGAAAAUGGCGACGCCGAGAGAGCACAUAGAAGAAAUACGCAAGGACUUCUCCAUAGGAGAAGAAAAACACCGUUUGACUAAGGGUUUUCACCAGGCCGUAAAGUAUCUCUCUGCUGAACUCUACGCUAAGGAUGUUCACUUCCUCAUGGAGCUCCUCCAGAAUGCAGAAGAUAAUGAUUACCCAGAAGGGGUUGAUCCAUCACUUGAGUUUGUCAUAACUUCGCGGGAUAUAACAGCCACGGGGGCUCCUGCUACUUUAAUUGUUUUCAACAAUGAGAAGGGGUUUUCACCAGACAACAUCGAGGCCAUUUGCAAUGUUGGACUUUCCACCAAGAAAGGCAACAGGAAGCGCGGCUACAUUGGGGAGAAAGGUAUUGGGUUCAAAAGCGUGUUUCUCAUUACUGCGCAACCUUACAUUUUCAGUAACGGAUAUCAAAUAAGGUUCAGUGAAGAGCCCUGUGUGCACUGCAAUGUUGGCUAUAUAGUUCCGGAAUGGGUUGAUGCAAACCCUACUCUUUCAGACAUAAAACAGAUGUAUGGUUCUGGUUCUGCCCUUCCAAACACAACCCUGAUCUUACCUCUGAAGGCGGACAAGGUUGAAGCUGUGAAGCAACAGCUAUCUAGCAUGCAACCGGAAAUUCUCUUGUUCUUAUCAAAGAUUGAGCGGCUCUCGGUUAGGGAAGACAAUGAGGAUCCAAGGCACAACACUGUAAGCGCGAUUGCAAUAUCAAGUGAUACUAAUUCUGACACCAGGAAGGACAUGGAUGCUGAAUCCUACACACUCCACCUUUCUGCGAAAGAAAAUGGCUUCAAGUUUGAUAAAGAAUGCGGCUAUUAUAUGUGGAAGCAGAAGUUUCCUGUCAAGCCGGAGUGCAGAGUAGGAUGGGAGAAAUGA